AUGCGUCCUCACGCCCCUCCCGUCCUGCGCGGCCCCGUCCUGCGCGGCCCCGCAGUUGAUAUUGACCUCAACACCUUUUGGGUGCUGCGUGCGAUUCUCGCCGCAGGCUACUGGCCGCGCUCCGUCGCGGUUGAGUACAACAGGAACUUCGCCCCCAACCAGUCCUAUGCGGUCCUGGACUUGCCCAGCGAGAUGUGGGCCGGCACCUGCUACUUUGGCGCCAGCGGCCUGGCCCUGGAGCGCCUCAUGCGCGCCCACGACUACAGCCUCGUCGCCUUCGACCAGGCCGGGUUCAACCUGUUCUUCGUGCGCACCGACCUCCUGGGCCUGCCCCUGCCGCACUCGUUCGCCGCGCUGACGUCGGAUCCGAGGCUGAUGACGUGGGGCCCCAACCACAAGGCGUGCCAGCAGCAGGUCUGGCUGCGGGUGGAAGAGGGCCCAGACCUGGCGGGCGCCCACUGGCUGCGCCACAUGCCGCCGGCGGUCCUCGCGCACCGCGACGACCCCAACCUCGGACGCACGAUGUACGAGGUCGAGACGCACGACGUGCUGACGGUGCACAGGCCGAGGCACCACGCCGGGGCCGGUUGGCCGGGGGCGAGUGAUGGGGACGCUGUGUUGACGGGGGUGCGUCGUACAGUGGAUGGCCAUGUGGGGCCGCGCAAGUGA